AUGCGCGAGCCAUUCCAGCGCACGGUCAGGUGCUGCUGGAGGCUGACGGUGCUGGCACCCAGCACCAGGUCCACCGACUUGGUCCAGGAGAAGGACCGGGUCCUGCGUGCGUCGUUCUUCACCAGCACCUGGAAGGGCGAGGCAGGGGAGGAGCAGUCUUUUGUCAAAACGCCAUUCAUAUGCCCUAGUGGACAGCUCAACGUCUUGGGUGUUCCUAAAGUAGGAAAGCUGUUGUGUCGUCCAACAGACCUCUUCAGCAGCAGCACGCCGGCCAUGCUGACACUUGCAGAAGAAUGCCUGUCCUGGCACCCCCCGGGUUUGCACGGCACUGCAGCGAGGCCUCGGCCCACUGGCAGGACAACAGGCCAGGUCCCGGCGGCUAUGGAGACAGUGCUGGGCUUCGAGCACAACAAGACGCAGAGCCAGAGGAAAACAACAGUACCUCUGUGUCACAGAGUUCAUGCAAAGAAUAAGACGAUGGAAGAAAAGCUUUUAGCCCAGGGCCUGGCGCAUAAUCCAUCACACGUCAUCAGUGCCAAUCAAGCCUUACAACGAGGAGAUGUUCUAACUGAAGGGUCUGGGUUCCCAGCAAUGUCUGAGGACAAGCCGUCGGUGGCAAAUUAUGACAACGAUUUACAGGGAAAAAGUAAAACAACUUCCAAGGAAAAAUUCCACUGCAACAUGGUUUCUCUGCAGCAUGAAACAUCUCAGGAAGUAUUUCCGAUAAAGUCAAGGCAGACCUGCAUCAAAAGGAAUCCGAAACUUGAAGUGUUCAACAAGUGCGAGCCACAUUUAGGAUUGCAUUGCAUCAAACAGCGAGUGGCAGGCGCCAAGGUGCUCGCUCCCCACCCUCCCGUCCCCCGGGCAAGCCAGCGCCUCCUCUCCCAGGUACUAAGCCAGCGUCCCGGAGGGCCGGUCCCUCCCGCCCCCUCCCCUACCUGUCAAGAAGGAGGAAGCCAGAGACAUGGGGACCCCCGAGCAAUUGAGCAGCAGCAAGACGCAGCAGGGAUUUGCUCGCAGCGGCUUAGUCGUCCGCCACCCUACGCCAGAGAUGGGGCCGGGAGGAAAGGGAUGUCGGAGCAGCCGGAGAUAGGCCGAGCAGAGAGGCUGCGCUGCCGACUGCGCACAGCCGCUCCGCCGCCGCCGCCGCCCCGGCUGCAGCUACUGCCCGGGGCGCUGCCUCUGCGGCGGCCGCCGCGUCCUCCACUCCUGCACUCCCCACCUCCCGCGGGCCCCGCCGGCUCUCCGCCCGGCCCGCGCGCGCGCUCGCUCCCGCGCCCAAGACAGGGGCGCACCGGCCGCCUCCCGGAACCCGCUGGGGGCGCCCGGGCGCAGGAACCCCGCGCCCCGGACACGUCUCAGCCGGGAGUCCAGCGGGGCGUCCAGCCGGCUCCCCAGCCCCUCGCGGGAGGCCGCCAACCCCGGGGCGCAGAUCCGAGCCGGGCAGGCGUGUCUCCACCGCCCGGCGCGCUCGGUGCCUCCUCCCUUUCCCCGGGGAACCCUCCCCUAACAGGGGAUGCCACACCACUCCUGCUCACGCCGGGGUGCCCCAACCCUAUGAGAAAGCAGAAAAUGGGGCGCAGGGGCGCUUCACCACCCUGCUGUCUCCCAGGUGCCCCCAGCUUUGGGAAGGGGCGCAGGAGGGGCCCAGCAACUUUUCACUCCUUGCUUUGCUUCCCUCUGGCGGGGGCGCAACAGCGGACUGCCGGGCUGAGCGCACAGAGGGGCGAGGCGCCUUCUAUACCAGUGUUCUGGGCUUAUGUGUCUGCGCGUCCUGACUCUAGGGAGGACAGAAGUUGAAACGACACGCAAGGUCGAUUAAUAAAAGCACAGAGGCGAACGCUUUUCGCCCUUA